GAACGUAUUAGCAAUUAUAGAAUUUUCAGCAUUCUUCAUUGGACGAAAAGUGAUUCUAGAUAAUAAGCCCAUCCUGUUUCUCAUCUGUAAUUAUCAAGCGGCGACCUCUUUAAAGAAAGGCACUUGUAGUUUUCCCCAUUCGUCUUGGAGCUGGUGAGUGAGCAACACGAACUACACUAACAUCAUCUUUAAGACUGCUGUACUCAGAAAACUCCAACAUUGACAACUCCAACAUUGACAACUCCAACAUGAACGACACCAACUUCACCAACGAAAAGUAUGUCUUCAUACCUGUCAAUCAAAACAUCAAAAUCUCAAUCGCGUGCGCGAAUGUCAYUGUUGGGUUGUACAGUCUUGUAGCGAACUCUUUGAUCUUAUACUUCAUCCAUCAAAAGCCCAAGAAUACUAGACGUCUGUUAGCAGAUCGCUUUAUCCAAAGUCUUGCGUUAUCAGACGUCCUUUGCUCUAUGGUAACAAUACCAGUGUUUACCRYUGAGAUGUUUGUUGACUUCAUCAAGACCGACAUGCUUUGCAAACUGAUUCGAUACAAUAACUUGCUUUUCAUAAUUGUAACUGUAAUGAAUCACGUUAUCAUAUCGAUAGAACGAUAUCUAGUGAUCUUCCGUCCACUGAURACAUCAGGGUGGAAAGUAUGGAAGCAGCUUGUUGUUGUAGCAUGGGUCGUAGGAGCGCUCAUUGAUUUCAUCGCUAUGCCUUCAUACAACCUUGUACGCUUUGAUCUUGGUAACAACAUGUACACCCAGCAUAUUCCUCAUAUUCACAUCCACUCGAAUCUUGAGAAACAUCCGUCGGUCAAGAUGCAUCGCGCCCUCUGGAAUGAACCCACAAUCGGCAACAGUGAACAUUCAACAAAACAAACUCACUAAAAUGUUCGUGUUUCUCACCAUUGCAUUCAUGGCGCCGUACAUUUCAUAUAUAGUCUAUAGCACCGUGGCUGUAAUCUUAAGACUCAAUCUAUCGUUUGCUGUUGACUACGUGGU